AGAUGGCGCUGUUGCUGUACCGAAGUGCUCAUUUGCUAAUGUUGACUUAACAAUUAACGGUGUAGACUAAAUAAGAGUGUUAAAAGACACAAAACCGGACCGGUGAAAUUGGGACCCUUAAACGCGCACGCAAAAAUAAAAUGACGAAUUUUACGGUGUUUUUUGUUUGAAAUUUUGAGCGGUCUUAUGUUAAAAUUCGUCGAAAAUGGAUAUCGAGGGUCCGGAAACUUGGAUACUGGACAUACUUCAGCGGGCGUCUAGUCAAAACCCAGACAUCCUAAAGCCUGCCGAGGCCAAGCUCAGGGAAUGGGAGAAGCAACCCGGGUUCUAUAGUACACUACUUACGGUGUUUUCCAAUCACAAUUUAGAAGUAAAUGUCAGGUGGAUGGCUGUUUUGUAUCUGAAGAAUGGAAUCGACAAGUACUGGAGGAAAAAUUCACCAGGGGCAAUGUCCGAGGAAGAAAAGGAAUGUAUAAGGCAAGGACUGUUGAGCAACUUCAGUGAACCAGUGAGUCAAAUAGCAGUUCAAAGGGCAGUCCUAGUAUCUAAAAUAGCGAGGCACGACUUCCCCAAGGAGUGGCCACAAUUGUUUCCUGUGAUUAUACAAGCUAUCGAAAGUUCUGACACAGUUAUUCAACACAGAGCUUUGUUGACAUUACAUCACACCAUCAAAUCAUGCGCUACAAAACGAUUACCUGGUGAUAGAAGAAAUUUUCAAGACCUAACCUCCAAAAUAUACAGGUUCGUGCUGAACCUAUGGAACGGUUUUAGUGAAGCUUUCGUCAACGACAUAAUUCAAAACAACAGUAACGACAUCAUAAUGGUGAACUUAGAGAAGGCGUUACUGUGCCUCAGGAUUUUAAGAAAGUUGACGAUUAACGGCACCAACCAGCCCCAGACAAACACCGACUGCAUGUCGUUCCUAAAGCAAGUGUUUGAAAAGGGCAAAAUCGCCCUGCAGUGCCGCAAACAACUCAAGGGUUUCCAAGUCACUGAGAUGUGCGAAAAGUUCAUAAUUCACCUAACUAAAGUCCUACUAUCCUUGCUGGACGUCUACCCCUUUUCCUUCGUUGAUUUAAUACACCCUAGCUUGGAGUUUUCCGUGUACUACCUGUUCACAGAUGAUGGCGCCCAGUAUUUGUUCGAACGCUUCAUCAUACAGUGCUUCAACCUGAUCAAGAACAUACUAGUGUGCGUAGAGUAUAGGGCAGCUAAAGUGGUGGAGACCACCAGGCACGAGGCCACACUCAAGGCCCAUCAGAUCACCCAGGCGUUCUUCCAGCCCGAUGUGCUGACCGGAAUGUGCCGCAAAUUAGUGGGGCACUACUUCAUUUUAACGCCUGAGGAACUGCUGGCCUGGGACGAGGACCCGGAGGCCUUCUCCAACGACGAAACCGGUGAUGGGUGGAAGUAUAGCUUACGACCAAGCAUGGAGACGGUGUUCGUAACAAUUUUCCACAAGUACAAGAACAUACUGACCCCAGUUAUGCUGGAGCUGAUCAGCGAGACAAACGUCCUGGUGUCCCCCGACGACAUGCAGGGGAUUUUGAAGAAGGACGCCGUCUAUAACGCGGUGGGGCUUUGCGCCUUCGACUUGUACGACGAGGUGGAUUUCGACGCCUGGUUCACCAACACCUUGCUCCAAGAGGUUAAAAUCAAGCACAACAACUACAGGGUAAUACGCCGGAGGGUGUCCUCAAUGAUAGGCAAGUGGACAAGUGUCAAAUUGUCCUGCGAACUAAGGCCAACCUUGUACGAAUGUAUCAUUAACUUAUUGGGGCCUGAGGAGAACAUGGCAGUUAGAUUAAUGGCGUGCACCACCUUAAAGCACGCCGUCGACGACUUCGAGUUCAACGGGGAACAGUUCAAGAAGUACUUGCACACCACGUUCAGCCUUUUGUACAACCUAUUGUGUGAUGCCUCCGAGUGUGAAACUAAGAUGCACGUGCUGAACGUGAUGACCCUGAUGCUGGAACGUAUUGGGCACUCGUUGGCCCCCUACGCUGACACCCUGAUCCAAUACCUGCCCCACUUAUGGGAGGAGUCCAACGACCACAACAUGCUGAGGUGCUGCAUCGUGUCCACCUUGGUGCAGCUUGUUAAAGCUUUGGAGGGUGUCAGGCCUGAGCUGUACCAGUUUUUGUUGCCCAUCAUCCAGUUGGGCACUGACCCUUCACAGGGAGCUAUAGUUUAUAUGCUGGAAGAUUGUUUGGAGCUGUGGGUCAUUGUUUUGGAGUACACCAGCUCCAUGACCCCCGACUUGCUUCAGUUGUUCAACAACAUGAAGCUCUUGCUUGAUCAAUCCACUGAAAAUUUCAGGACCUGCAUGUAUAUAUGCGUUGUGCAGCUAUUGAUAGACCCGGAAAUAUUCAUACGUACGCACGGUAUUGAAAUAGUGACGAUAUGCGACAACUUGCUGUCGGAUUUGAAAAACGAAGGGGUCAUUAUGGUGAUACAGUUCCUGGAGGCUUUGGUCAAGUCCAAUCCCAUAAUGGGCUCCGAAACGGUUUUGCCAAUUCUCCCCAGAAUACUCGAAAAAGUGUGUUUGGCUGAUGAAUAUCCAUUAGUUAUGUCCAUGUAUUUAGCAAUUAUGUCUAGGGUUCUAUUGUCGUCUCAGGACGUGUUUAGUAGGGCUUUGAGUAGUGUGGCACUGAAACACAAUAAGACUGAAGAAGUUGUGCUUGGUAAUUUAUUAGACCAGUGGCUGCAGAAGAUGCCCAACGUUUCCCAACGGGACUAUACUAAAUUAUUAGCUAUGGCGUUAACAAAUUUACUGACCACACAAAGUAGGCCAGUCCUGGAAAGGUUCGCCAAGAUUAUGAUCAACAUAAUCGAGUCCCUAAAUGAUAUAACUAAUAAAUGGGAGGACGGCCAAAUAAUCGACUCUUUGGUCUUAUCUGAUGGUCAAAGCCCUAGUCAAUUCGAUGAGGGGAAUGAUAGGACUAGGUUUUUCAUAACUGACCAUGAUCAAAGAAAAAAACAAUUAACUUUAUCCGAUCCAGUUCAUACUGUGAUCCUCAGAGACUACUUGCAAUCUCAGCUUUGUGAAUUAAGAAAUCAAAUUGGAAUCCAACCCUAUCAACAAUUGUUACAGACUGUCGACGCAGAUACUCUAACACAAUUGCAAGAAUAUGUGACUUUAUAAAUUGAUAUUUUGUUUGGCGUUUUCAAGUUAUGUUUGAUUAAGUAGUGUAAGAUAAAAAUUAUAGUAUGUUGAAUUUAUUGAAAAUAGUCAAGCUUAUUUUACCAAUUAAAUGUACAUGUUACAUUUAUUUAAUGUUAUUUUAAAGUAUCUGUCAUACCUGCAAAUAUCUAUUUUAUCAAUUAUUUUUUUUAUAUUUUUGUAUACAAUAGUUAUUACUAUUUUAUUAUACAUUCAGAAUUAUAAUUCUGUAAUAAUAUUCAUAUACCAGGAUCUAUUAAAUAUAACGUAUUGUUACAGCAAA